UAGGCGGUGUUCGCCUUUUGCUACAUCGCUGAAUGUGGCCGUAGGUGUGCAGCUUGCUCCUUGGCUAAUAUGUGUCGACGGGCGAUAGUAUGAGCGCUUCAUCGCAUACGUUACGGCAAUGCUAGGAAUUGGUGCCGUAGAUUUUAUUUGUUGAUAAUCGCCGGGACAUUUUGUGCAGUGCAUGUGCGGAGAGGUCUUCAGUGUGAAGACCCGACUUCGGCAUGUCAUUACAAGAAGCAUAUGAGUCUAGAGAAAGGUCGAAUGAAGGAAAAGCGCCAAGCACGCACAUCACUCAUGCUUCUUCUGCAGGGGACCAAUCAUUACGCACCUACAGUUCUAUUGAAGGCCUUGGAAAUGGUACCACAGCAUCAAAUCAUAAGGUGUUUGAGCCGUCUGACCAGGCGUACUUUCAACAAAAGAUUGAGGUUCCAUACACAGGAGAGACAUCCUUCAGCUGGCGCAAGCUGUGGGCCUUUACAGGUCCAGGUUUCCUGAUGAGCAUUGCAUACCUGGACCCUGGCAACAUUGAGUCAGACCUGCAGUCUGGUGCUCUGGCUGAGUACAAGCUCAUGUGGGUGUUGCUGUCGGCUACUCUGCUGGGCCUGAUGAUGCAGCGUCUGAGUGCUCGGCUUGGCGUUGUGACAGGCCUGCACUUGGCAGAAAUGUGCCGGCGUGGCUAUCCUCGUUUUCCUCGUAUUCUUCUAUGGAUCAUGAUUGAAGUGGCUGUUGUUGGCUCAGACAUGCAAGAGGUCAUCGGCACAGCCAUUGCCAUUUUCCUACUUUCUGGGGGACGGGUUCCACUGUACGCAGGUGUCCUGAUCACAAUAAUAGACACGUUUACAUUCCUGCUGCUGGACAAGUAUGGUCUACGCAAACUUGAAGCUUUCUUCGGCUUCCUCAUUCUCGUCAUGGCACUCACUUUUGGAUACGAGUAUGUGCGGGUGGCCCCGGACCAAGUGAGGGUGGUGGAGGGCCUAUUUGUCCCCUGGUGCUCACAUUGCGACAGCCGGGCCCUAUUGCAGGCAGUAGGCAUUGUGGGUGCAGUCAUCAUGCCACACAAUUUGUACCUCCACUCUGCACUUGUUAAGUCCCGGGCUGUAGACCGUACCGACAAGGUCCAAGUGCGGGAAGCCAACAAGUACUUCUUUAUUGAGGCCUGCAUAGCUCUCCUUGUUUCCUUCAUCAUCAAUAUCUUCGUCAUGGGUGUCUUUGCUCAUGGACUCUAUGGCCGCACGAAUCUCGACAUUAGGAAUCAGUGUAUGGGAACUGAGUUCCAGCACGUCUUUCAUAACAACACAGAUCCUGUGGAUGUGGACAUAUACAAGGGUGGUGUCUACCUGGGCUGUGCAUUUGGCAUGUUCCCACUGUACGUCUGGGCCAUCGGAAUUCUAGCUGCUGGACAGAGCUCCACAAUGACCGGAACUUACUCAGGCCAAUUCAUCAUGGAGGGAUUCCUAAACCUGCCCAUCAGCCGGUGGUUGCGAGUGCUGAUCACGCGGCUAAUCGCCAUCGCGCCCACCAUCUUGUGCGCGGUCUUUGGCAACAUAGAGCAGCUUUCUGGGAUGAAUGACCUGCUCAAUGCGCUCAUGAGCCUGCAACUUCCCUUCGCUCUCAUCCCCACCCUGACCUUCACGACGUCAGCGGCAUUCAUGGGCGAGUUCAGAAACGGAACGUUGACCAAAAUAGGUGCCAGUCUGCUGUCGAUGGUUGUGAUUAGCAUCAACUUGUACUUUGUGAGCAACUUUGUGCACGAGAAUCUUCCAUCUCACUGGGCUGUGUACGUUGGAGUGGCACUUUUCGGGCUCCUGUACUUGGGCUUCAAUCUAUACCUGUUGGCCCACCUUUUGGUUGUGUUUGGCUGCACGUUACUGCUUCAACUUCCUUUCGUUGGCCCGCAUCUCAAAGAGCGCAGUGACCGGGUGCUGUUUAGUGACUCAUCUCAGACGGACAUGUCGUCAUCUCCUGAUAUUUGUAUAUUACAGAAAGAAAAUCCGUUGGUUACUGAGAAAAACUGCUCGAGUUGAAAAUGGGUGAACUCGUACCAGUUAGUACCCACUUCUGAGUGAUUGCAUCCUCCAUCGACAUGUCCACAACUGAACGAAUUGGGUUGUUGAACUUGCAAUUGAAGAGCGUUGGCGUUUCUGUGAAUGCGACGUUGUACAUAGUGAUUUAGUACUGUCCCUUUCUGUGUGCUGCCGCUGGAAUCUGUCCGCACAAUUUUAUCGACGUAACUCGAAUAAUGCACAAGAGAAUAUUUAUUAAUGGCAGUGUUUCUCCAUAAUUAUGGAAACACUGUGGACAGUUAAUAAACAGAUGUGCUCUUAUAAUAUUACUACGGCAUGAGCUAG